AUAAUGCACUUCAAGCGGGAAAGCCGGAGUAGGUGGGAUGAAUCCAUGGAAACGACAGAGUGGCGUGCUAGCCUUAGCAAACACAGCUAGCUGGUUGGCUAGUUGAUUCCUUACAAACAUAACCGUGCGCUCGUCUACAUAAAAGUUACUGUUUUUCUGCAGAAUGAGUCGGACACCAGAUGCAAGAGCGAGGGACAACCAGACGAGGAGGAUCCAGGAGAACAUCACUAACAUAGAGAAACAUUUUGGUGAACUGUGCCAGCUGUUUGCUGGUUAUUGCCGUAAAACAGCCAGGUUACGGGAUAAGUCCGACCUCCUGGUGCGUGAAAUCGGGCUUUUCGCUGACACAGAGACACCCAAUCUAAAGCGGGGUAUGAAGCAGUAUGCCGACCACUUGGCUAAAAUUCAGGACUACCGCCAGGCUGAGGUUGAAAGACUUGAGGCUAAAGUCAUAGAACCACUGAAAAGCUAUGGAGCUGUUGUCAAGCGUAAAAGGGAGGAUCUGAAGGCGACUCAGAGUGCCAGAGACAGAGAAGCCAAACAGAUGGCUCAGCUGGAGAGGACCAGACAGAGGAACCCCUCAGACCGACAGAUCAUCUCUCAGGCUGAAAGUGAGCUCCAGAGAGCGACCAUGGACGCCACACGGACCACCAAGCAGCUGGAGGAGACCAUAGACGAGUUUGAGAAGCAAAAGAUCCGAGACAUCAAGAAAAUAUUUGGUGAGUUUGUGACAGUGGAGAUGUCCUUCCAUGCCAAGGCUUUGGAGGUGUACACUCUGGCCUAUCAGAGCAUUCACAGUGUGGAUGAAGAGGAGGACCUGGAGGUGUUCAGGAGUUCACUGCACCCCCCCGACUACCAGUCCCGCUUAGACAUAGUGCGAGCUAAUUCUAAAACUUCCCUCGAUCGGACCGGCUCCUUCCUGAGCACAUCAGGAACCUUACAGCAACAAAGAGCCUACAGUCGGCAGACGAGGGGCGAGGAGGAGGACAAUGAUGAUGAUGAUGAAGACGAGUCUGAGGAGGAGGAAGAGGAGGAAGAAGAGGAGGAGGACACAGACGAUGAAGACUAGCCUCCUCAUUUGUCCCGUUUGUGUCUAUUUGAACCAAGUGGUCUGUUGUUGAAGAAACUCCGUCAUUGCCAAACUCGACUCUGUUUACAGUUGGUGUGUGCAGUAUUGUAGCCCUGUUUGUUAAAGAUCCUGUUCAAACAUUUGUCUUUCUUAUUUUCUACCAUUUUUAUUGUUUUGAUGAUAUUUUUAUACAUGCCCUGAAGCCCCCGUCAGAAUUACAUCACUCCUUUUAUCAAUAAAACCAACUCAUGUUCGACAUCGCUGCACUGAUUGUGUUUUCUAAGCGAAAAAAAAAAACCUUCCCUUGGUGUGUUUGCUUAGAAAAGCCUGCAGAGAAGUGGAUUGUUGUUUUAGAAACUGUUGGUUGUGUGAAUCAGCCUAAGUGAUGAUAGUUACACAGUGGCUGCAACUGAAAGUGACUCAUCUUUUCCACAGACAUGAAAACGUCAGGGACACUUUGCAUUAUAUUGUCCGUGUUUAUCGGUACAUGUGCUCUGCUGCCUGGAGAUGUACGUCUCUAUAUUCAUAAAAUGACACGUUAUAAA